AUGAGAUACGCGGUACCUUUUGAGAUUAAGUUUAGCCCGAGAGGCGUUGUGACUUUCGCGUUUCAGCCGGGCGAGAUAUUAUGUUUGGUUCAUGUCCAGGGCAAGGUCAACAUGCAAUCACACUACACUCCAAUCCAGGAGGUCCAUGCCAGCCUGUGCCACCUGCCCUCAAACGGCCACCAUACCAGCCAUCACCAGCGGAUGCAGCUGCCACAGCUGCAGUGGCGACACCAUCACCGCCAACUGGGGGCAGCAGAGGAGAUGCUCGAGAUAUGCAGCUUGGGAAGGAUGACCAUGCGCGGAUUCAACCGUGGCAGAUGGCUGCGCCUCGGAAUUGAGAUGCCCGUUGGGGACCUGCUCAAAGCAGACGGCGCAACAUGGCCACCUCUGCCAGCAGUCGGAAAGUUGCUGCUGCUGCUGGAGCUUCCAGGGCUGCUGGAUUCGGAACCAGGAGCAAAGCCUACCAGGGGGAUCUCGAUGGCAAACUGA